UUCAUUUUGAACGCGCUAAUAUCAUGCUUUAGCAUUUUCUGUCAUAUGGAAGUGUUAAACUUCAACUUGGACUGUACCUUUCCUUGUAUAUACGCAAGUUAUUAUAUUAAUAUCAUAAAUGAACGAUUAUUCGACUAAUCGCUAAAAUGCAGGAGUGUUAGUCCACUAGGAAUAUCUUUAGUCGCGGGCAGCCCUAGCUCUUACACAUGAAAUGGGAAAUAUUUACAGAUUUAAAGCUGUAUCACACGUUUGAUCUAUAGGACAAGUGUUCAUAAUUCAUACUAAUCUGUGUUUGGUUCAGUAAUAGCAGCUGUUGAUUGUGUCUCAUCAGCCCCUGUGAUUCUGGAUCCAAAUACUGCAAAUCCAUUUCUCAUUGUGUCUGAUGAUCUGACCAGUGUGAGAUACACCGGGAACGAACAACCUCUUCCUGAUAAUCCAGAGAGAUUUGACUAUUAUUCCUGUGUUUUGGGUUCAGAGGGUUUUAACUCAGGAACACACUGCUGGGAUGUGGAUGUUAAAGAGACUCAGUACUGGAGUCUUGGAGUAACUACAGCAUCAAACCAGAGGGAAGGGACAUGAUUUCUUUGGCAUUGAUGUUUGGAGUGUGUGGUAUGGAUUGUAUGAACCAUCUGGUUUUUGUGUUAAACAGAAGCUUGAGCGUGUGAGAGUGUAUCUGGACUAUGACACAGGAACGGUGUCAUUCUCUGAUCCUGUAACUAACACACAUCUACACACAUUUACAACCACCUUCAGUGACACUGUAUUUCCAUUCUUCUGGUGUUAUACUCUUGACCCUCUGAGGAUCUUACUGAACGAUAUUUAGUAAACGCUACACUUGGAUUUGUCUGGAUCCACCUGCUUUCAGUAGGAAUGGAGUCAAAGACACAAGGGGGUGAGGAGAGGGGCAUUGAUCACAGUCAGAAAUCAAAAAUUAAAGAACUCAAAUAUAUACUCAAAAUAUAUACUGAAGCCAUAAUAGCCAUGCCUUGUAAUAUAAUAACUAUUUUAACUAUACCAGUUUCAGCAUUGUCUUCAGCUUCAUGUACAACUAGCAGGUGCAACCUGUUCCUUAUAACAGCCAGUUAACCACUGAAUAUUCAACAAAAUACAUAUACAGGUGAAGUCAAAAGUUUACAUACACCUUGCAGAAUCUGCAAAAUGCUAAUUAUUUUAACAAAAUAAGAGGGAUCAUACAAAAUGAAUGUUGUUUUUUUAUUAUUUAGUACUUACCUGAAUAAGAUAUUUCACAUAAAAGAUGUUUACAUGUAGUCCACAAGAGAAAAUAAUAAUUGACAAAAAAUGACAAAAGUUUACAAAAGUUUUAAGUUUUUUUUUGUUGUUGUUGUUGUUGUUGUUGUUUGUUUGUUUUAGUGAUAGUUGUUUAUCAUGUUUGUCCUGAACAGUUAAACUGCCUGCUUUUCUUCAGGAAAAUCCUUCAGGUCCAACAAAUUCUUUGGUUUUUCAGCUUUUUUGUGUGUGUUUUUUAAACCUUUCCAACAAUGACUAUAUGAUUUUGAGAUCCAUCUUUUCACACUGAGGACAACUGAGGGACUCAUAUGCAACUAUUACAGAAGGUUUAAAUGUUCACUGAUGCUCCAGAAGGAAACAUGAUGCAUUAAGAGCCAGGGGUGAAAACUUUUGUAAUUUGAAGAUCAGGGUAAAUUUAACUUAUUCUGUUUUCUGGGAAACAUGUUCUGCAGCUUCUGAAGGGAAGUAUAUACUGUAUGAUAUUUGGGCAAAAUAAGAACAAUUUACACAUCUUCAUUCUGUUCAAAAGUUUACACCCCUGUCUCUUAAAGGGGUCAUCGGAUGCUAAGUUCACUUUUAUAUGUUGUUUGAACAUUAAUGUGUGUUGGCAGUAUAUGUACAAAUCUACCCUAUAAUGAUAAAAAUCCAUGCAGUGGUUUUUAAUUAAUCUGUAAAAAUAAUAUCCCCUUUUUCAAAUCGAGCCGUUCUCACAUGCCUCUCGGUGUGGCGUCACACCAACAGAGGCCACUCCCAUGAUAGUUGAUUGACAUGAGCGUUUUACCUCAGAGCAGCUGUGACAGUCUGCCUUCUUUUGUUUCGAUGCCGGAGCAGGGAUGUAAGUUAGACAACAAUAUUUCUGUUUGAGCGAUUUAGGUCUUGUGUUGCUGGAUGUAAUAAUGAAUGUAGGGGUCGUCAUUUACUCCCGACAUCUGAGCCGCUGAAGAUGCAGUAGAUUACGUUUGUUUGUGAAGGGAAUGCACCUCCCGAUCUACAUAUAUCUUUCUAUGUUCGCGUGAAUCAUUCAUGAUCCAGCUUCACUUACAGCAGAAGUGAGUAUAAGGUUUUUUUUUAUGAAUCUUUGCGAUCGCCUUUCCUAAUAAAGUGCUAGUCAGCAAGUUUAGCGGCUAAACGCAGCUAAAUGCGGCUAAAGUAAACAGGUUCGUCUCUCCACAGAGAGAAGAGAGGGGCGGGGUGAGCAGAGCUCAUUUGCAUUUAAAGCAACCUCGACCAGAAUGAGAUGAGUUUUGCAGAGCUGAUUUUGGCAAGGUAAAAAGGGUGUUGUUUUACACAACCACUGAGAAUUUUUAACCAAAGUAUAUUACAGACUUUUCAUUAAGACCCUAAAGAAUCAUAUCAACUUGUGGAAAAUGGGCAUCCGAUGAGCCCUUUAAGAAGAGCGUUACUCUUCUCAUCAUAUUGCAGCCCUCGGCUUUCAUGAAUAUGAGGCAGAGUCUCUUGGUUUUACUAUCCUGCAACCAGCAUAAGCACCAUGAAAACUAAAAGUAAACAUGCAAAUAGCUGCUUAAAUAAGCCUUUGGCAUAUCACAAAUUUACAAAUAAAUGCUUACAUCUUUUACAGUGCAUGAUCAUGCAUUUGUACAUAUGCCAUGCACAUUAAAUGACCCUUAAAGUUAUUUAAAACUAACAACACAUAAACAAUAAUUUGAUCUGUAAACACAUUAAACUUUUCUGUUAAAAGAUACACAACAAAACAAAAUUCCAGAAACAGUCAAUGUAGAAAUGUUACAUCAUUAAAGAUUUUCCAUCUCUUAAACAUGGAACCAAAAAAAUACACACCUCGCUCCGCUCAUCAAGGGUGCAAACUUUAAACUUGCUGCUUCCUGAUGUAGAUUUGUUAGCUUUAAGGUCUCUGGGCUAAACAGCACACAAAUGUGGACAUGAGGCAAAGCAACUUAAACAAUGUUACAGUGCACAGGACCAGAAUUACCCACACUGAGUUUACUUACAUAUGUACUGAGCUUUUUGGACAAGAGAAAUCUGAACAGUGAAUCUGUUGAUGGGCUAUACAGGUUCCUGAGCUCACAGCCUCAAACCCAGUCACAUGAAUGAUCUGACUGUGAAAGAAUUACCUCUACUGACCUCUAGUGGCCACUCACACAUCAUAUUCCUCCAUAAAUUUUUUUGGUCAUAGUGUAUUUAUGAUCAAAUCUUGACCAGAUCUUUAUUUUAGAAAAAGUAAUAAUCUAUGGUCUCUUGGGGGUUUAUGGAUAUACAUUUUAACAAAAUCUAGCAUUAACUGUCCAAUGUGUGUAAACACACUUGGCAAUAAAGCUCUUUCUGAUUCUGAUCAAUGUUGUUUCUUAUGCUCAAAUAGCACUUAAAAAAUUUUAUAUUUUUGGUUGGUCCAGCCAACGGUCAUGUGCAGUCAAGUUUACAAAAAGUGUGUUUAGUGCUACAUGAUGCCGAACAGAAGGAGUGACAGAAACUGGUUUGGCCUCUCCAAACACUGACAAUCAGUAUGAUAAACAGACGUGUGUUUAUUACCGUGACUUCAGCAUUUAGAUAAAGACUUGAUCAUGACAGAUGCUGGAGAAACAAUGUGAGAUUCAAACACUCUCACCAACAAAUAAAUAAAACACUUGCAUUUUAUUAUUAUUAUUAUUAUUUUAAGUUCCUCUUGAAUGCGUUUUGCUCAAUUUUAACUUGAAGAAAUCCUGAUGUUCCUGUCUGACCUGUUUUAGCAAACGUAAAUGUUUUGAGACAUUUUACCUACUACACUUAACAGGAAGAGACUGACUUGUUAUUUCACUUUUCCGUCAUACUGACCGUUUUCAAUUACUAUGCCAGAUCAAAAAAAUUAAUAAAAUAAACGGCAAUCAGUGCAGAAGGAAGACAAACACUUUGAAGAAGAAUUUUUGUGACAUUUGUUUCUGAACAGACAACAGAUCUUUGUGAUUUUUGUGGUUAUUCAGUAAGUGAAAGUACAGUCUAGAUUGCUGGAGCUCAAACAGUGAAAAUGGCUUCCGUAUCUUUGGAUUUUUCUUGUCCUGUGUGUCAUGAAAUCUUCAAGGAUCCUGUUGUUUUAUCAUGUAGUCACAGUGUCUGUAAAGAGUGUCUUCAACAGUUUUGGAGAACCAAGGAAACUCAGGAGUGUCCUGUCUGCAGGAGAAGAUCCUCAAAAGAGGAACCUCCUCCUAAUCUGGUGUUGAAAAACUUGUGUGAGUCGUUCCUGAAGGAGAGAAAUGAGAGUCGUUCAUCAGGAUCUGAGGAGAUCUGCAGUUUACACAGUGAGAAACUCAAACUCUUCUGUCUGGAGGACAAACAGCCUGUGUGUUUGGUGUGCAGAGAUUCACAGGAACACACCAAUCAUACAUUUAGACCCAUCAGUGAAAUGGUUUCAUCAAAUAAGGAAGAGCUCAGCACCACACUGAAGUCCUUACAAGAGAAACUUAAAAAUAGUGAAAGAAUGAAAAAUGAGUUUGAGGAAACAGUUCAACACAUCAAGUCUCAAGCUGAGCACACAGAGCGUCAGAUUAAACAACAGUUUGAGAAGCUUCAUCAGUUUCUCAGAGAUGAAGAAGAAGCUACAAUCACUGCACUGAGGGAGGAAGAGGAGCAGAAGAAGAUGAUGAUGAAAGAAAAGCUGGAAGAGAUCAACAGACACAUCUCAGAUCUUUCACACACAAUCAAAGACAUGGAGGAGAUGAUGAAAGCCAGUGACAUCUGCUUUCUAAAGGAGUUUCCAGUCUCAAUGGAAAGAGUCCAGAUCUCACAGCCGGAUCCACAGACGCCUUCUGGAGCUUUGAUUCAUGUGCCACGUUAUUUGGGCAACCUGCCGUUCAGAGUCUGGAAGAAGAUGCAGGACAUCGUCCAAUACACUCCUGUGAUUCUGGAUCCAAACACGGCUCAUCCACGUCUCCUCUUGUCUGAUGAUCUGACCAGUGUGAAAUACAGCGAGGACAAACUGCUUCCCAAUAAUCCAGAGAGAUUUGACAAGUCAUACUGUGUUUUGGGUUCAGAGGGUUUUAACUCAGGAACACACCGUUGGGAUGUGGAAGUUAAAGACAGCCGUUCCUGGAGUCUUGGAGUAACUACAGCAUCAAACCAAAGGAAGGGAUUCAUUUCUCUUACCGAUGGUGUCUGGACUGUGCAGUAUGGACUGAAUGAAUGGGCUGGCUUUAGUGUUGAACAGGAUCUUGAUCGUGUGAGAGUGUAUCUGGACUAUGACAGAGGAACAGUGUCAUUCUCUGAUCCUGUAACUAACACACAUCUACAAACAUUCACAACCACCUUCACUGACACUGUCUUUCCGUUCUUCUGGUGUUAUGGCUUUUCUUCUCUGAAGAUUUUACCAUUCAGCAAUCAGUAAUCGUUACACCUGUAGGCCUGGAUCUUCCUGCUUUCAUUAUUUUUUAAUCAUUUAAUCAGUGCUGUUGAUCUGAAUGUACGGCUGUGAUUGUUAAUGAUUAAUGAUUUAGAUGCUUUAAGACCAGAUAUUUUAUUUUUUAUCCCAAAUGAAGCUAAAGCAGUUCUGAGCAGUGAAACUUAAGUGAACAUACAAACACAUCAUACAUCUCAGUCGCCUUUUAUAGAUUUAAUUGUUCCAAAAUUAAUGAAUACUUGUAAAUCGGAACAAUUGUUAAGUUAAAUCAUACGUUUCCAAAUCCAUUUGUUUUGUUGUGGGAGCACGAACACGUGCAAUACUUCAGAAACAGUACAACGUAGUCUAUUUACUAAGUAUUUUUACUUAGUAUAAGCUUCGGCUGAAUGACUGAAGCCCCAUAAAGGCAUUAACGUUAAUAAGACCAUCUUGAAUUUGGUAUUCAGUUUUUAUUUCCAUUCUUAUGUAGGCUACAUACUGCAGGGAUUCCCAAACAUUUUUGUCAGCAAAUAACUAUUUUAUUUACUUGAUGUAAGAGAUUUUAAGGUAGUAAGUUAAUUAAUUUGGCAAUUUUUCAUGCUCACGAUUCUGACGUUAGUUAAUGGUCACAUAUGACUUGCCGGUAACAUAAAAAAACUUUUUUUUGUAAGUGUUUUAUUUUGAUUGUUGUUAUUUUAAAAUGAUUUAUUUAAGUUUAACUUUUUUAUUUAAUUAUUAUUAUCUUUUCAUUAAACUCACAAACACCCUGCCCCUCCACGAACCCCAGUUUAGGAAAUCUUGACGUAAUGUAACGUUUAAUGCAUUUCAUGUUGUUUAACAGCGAAUGGAAUAUAUUUUCUUUCUUUUUUAUUUUUAUAUCAAUAUUGUACAAUAUUAUCCUAAUUAAAUCAAUGUGAUAAACAAGUUAGGUCAAAUGUAAUUUAAAAUAAGUCUGAUUAUAUUACCUAAAAUGUGUAAUGUAUUGGAUUACAUUACUAACUACAAUUUUUGUCAUGCAAUUUGAAAUCAGUAAUGGACUUCAAUUUGUAAGUAAUCUACCCAGCACUGUCUGUGUCUUCAGCAUCAGCAUCAACUUAACAUACAUAUAGAGGGUUUUCACAAUGCAUCAUCAAUCGGCCAUAUUGGCGGCACGGAGUGUAAAUAGUACCACUGAACCAAACUAAACUUACAUAUUUUGCUUAUCAUUGCUGCUGAAAAUGGUCAAUUAUUUCAUGUUUUGGGCUGUACUUAAUCGGUCGGACCAGGAAAAACAUUUGGAGUACUAAAGACUGCCAAAAGUUAUAACAAAUCAAGGAGAAGAGUGCAAAAAAAGUGCCCUUUUUUCAUGCAGUAAAAAUAAUAAAGUAAUAAAUGGAAAGCAAAGUUGUUUGUAUUGCUAUAUUCUGUUU